AUUCGCGUUGUUUUUGCGGCACGUCACUCGACACACACAGACGCAAAGCAACACCGAAAUUUUCGGCUAAAUUCCAAAAUCUUGGAAACAUCCUUCAAUAUUUCAAUAAUAUCUUGAAUCUCUCUAGUCUUAUUCAGUGUGCACGAUGGAAUCUUUGUACAGUGUUCCGUUUAUGCUGUUCGAGGUGCCCAAUCUGAAGCUGAAACGGCCCUCUUGGUUCCAGCAACCGUCGGCUAUGACGGUGUUUUCAUUUGUGCUGUUGAGUUACUUCCUGGUCACCGGAGGAAUCAUCUACGACGUGAUUGUUGAGCCUCCAAGUGUGGGAUCCACAACCGACGAGCAUGGCCAUUCUCGCCCGGUUGCCUUCAUGCCGUACCGGGUAAAUGGACAGUAUAUCAUGGAGGGACUGGCUAGUAGUUUUCUCUUUACAAUCGGGGGACUUGGCUUCAUAAUCAUGGACCAAACGCACACGCCUGGAAAGCCAAAACUCAAUAAAAUCCUGCUGAUUUCGAUGGGAUUCAUCUUCAUUCUGGUGUCCUUUUUCACGACCUGGAUUUUCAUGCGCAUGAAGUUGCCGGGAUAUCUGCAGCCUUGAAUUGGAACAGUUCAAUUUUCAUACUAAGCUUAGCAUUUAUUGUGCGUAAUAAUAAUACACGAGUAAGAACAACGUAAAUAAAUUUCUAAAUCACAAAAAUCUAA